AUGUCAAAAACAGCGUGUUCAAAACGAUGCCUUCCAUUCACAGAUUUUGCAUUUCAGUUGGAGACGAGGGUCAUAAAAUGGUUCGACUAUCUUUGGGCGAACAAACAAACACUCAGCGAUCAGCAGGUUUUGAAGGUUUUACCGGACAAAUUACAAGCUGAAAUUGCAAUGCAGGUCCACUUCGAAACCCUACGUAAAGUCAGAAUCUUCCAGGAUUGUGAAGCUGGUCUCCUUGCGGAACUUGUACUGAAACUACAACAGCAG